GUUGUGUGUGUGUACCCAACACGCAGUAGAUCUGAUCUGGCUCCGCCGCAUUCGGGGGAAGGGUGAAACAACCAAAGACGGAGCUGCCAGUUUCUCGCAAUUUUUUGUUCCCAAAAGCAACUUAGCCUUGCAUUGGAGUAGUGAUUAGUGUCGUUAAAUGCGGAGAUUGGGUGGAAUGGGUUGUUGUGGUGAGGGACUAAGAGCUUUUGGUUGGAGCUGAAUUCUCCCGGUUUCGCGCUGUGGGCGCAUGCCCCGAAGCCUUUGGAAGUUGUCACUGGAAAGGAAUGAAUCUGUGACAGAGAAGAAGUCUAUGCUUGGGUUAGAUGCUUUUUUUCUUUUUUGUUGUUUUUUGUUUUUCCGCUACACUUUUCUUUCUUCCCUUUCCUUCCUUCCGUCCUUCCUCUCUCGCAGGGCUCUAAACCCCUGAAGCUAAAGGGGACACGGGAAUCUGGCGCCAUGGAAACGAGUUGUGCUUGGGAGUUUUCAAGUUGGACUGAGUUGUUGCUGUGUGACGACUGUCCAAUGAGGAAGAAGGCGCAUGCUUCGAUUCCUCGCAUGUGCAUGACGUGGUUGUGAUUGGGGCAAACAUUUUGCUGUGUUAUGGGGUUUUGGCCGAAGGUUGAGGCAGUUUGUUGAGCGAUAUUGUGCUGCGAGGCUUUGUUUGUGUUUUGUUCUUCUUUCUUUUCCUUCUGUAGACAUGGAGUCCAGGUGUUAAUGGGGAUUUCGAGUCUGACAGUGACGUGACAGCGAGAUGGGUUGAAAAGACGAGUGGGAUGUUUCGGAUGAGUUUUUUUCUCUUGUGGCAAGUAUGAUAGCUGCGCGGUGAUUCACUGGUAUUUUGGAAGGACGAGGACGUGCAGGCGUUUCUUUUAAGAAGGACAUGUAGAGCAGCAUUCUAGAACCAGCCAUGAAGAGGAAGACGCACGCGCAUCCCCGGUGGAGGUGGAGGCUGGGUGGAUACCUCUUGGUGGGGGCAGCUAUUGUUUUUUUUUUCUUGGUGAAGCUGCAAACAUUGAUCGUUCGUGAUCCCCCUGAUUUGGCCGAGCUUCCUGAAUCUAGUUUUGAAAUUCGACGAUUUAGCAAUACGACGCAACCGAAGCUGGCGUUUCUGUUCCUUGCUCGUCAGCACUUGCCUCUGGACGUCUUGUGGGAGCAUUUCUUUGAGGGAGCUGAUUCAAAUGAAUACAGCGUUUACAUUCACACGAGACCUGGUUUUUCUUUUACCAAACAUAACACAGCCUGCCGUGCGUUUGUUAAUCGUCAGCUGCAAGCCUCUGUACAGGUAGAGUGGGGAAAGCCAUCCAUGAUUCAAGCAGAACGACUUUUAUUAGCUGAGGCUCUCCAAGAUCCCUUGAAUGAGAGAUUUCUUCUUCUCUCGGAUAGCUGCAUUCCUCUUUUCAAUUUUAAUUACAUCUACGAUUAUGUUAUGUCCUCUAAUAAAAGCUUCGUGGACAGUUUUUAUGACUACAAAGACUAUCAAUACAAUGUCCUUAUGGAUCCCAUUGUUACAGAAGACAAGUGGCGCAAAGGAUCGCAGUGGUUUACACUCACAAGGAAGCAUGCAGAGAUGGUUGCCGAGGAUUCAAAAGUGUUUUCAACUUUUGUUGAUCAUUGCAAGUGUUUCUUUUGCAAGGUCCACGAUUACGGGACAUGGAGUGGAUGGUUGACUGGCUUGUUGCAGAAGGCGGUCCCAUCUGUUAGUCGAAAGGAUGACUAUGUGAGUAAUGACACCGAUAGUACUCACAAUUGUAUACCAGACGAACAUUAUAUUCAGACACUUUUAGCGAUGAAGGAUAUGGAAGGUGAACUUGAACGUCGAACUUUGACAUAUAGUCGCUGGGAGAGCUCCGACAGCAAAGGCAGUAGGGGUUGGCACCCUGCUGCAUUCGACGCUCCUGAUAUAGCUCUUGACUUCAUCAAAGAAAUCCAGGGCUACAUCAAUGUACGCUACGAUUCCGAGUACCGCACGGAGUGGUGCAGUGCUGGCGGCAGGCCCAGGCAAUGUUUCCUGUUUGCUAGGAAGUUCACCAAGUUAGCAGUGUUUGAACUCCUCAACAUAGCUGAACGCUAUGAAAGCAACAUUGUUCACGUGGAGUAGAUUUGUGGGGGUUGUUGAUAUUUUACCCAAACCUGUGAUUGCUGCAGAUUGGCUCCAGAAAGGGUGUGCCAUCUGCACAUCACAGGAUAGUCAUCCGCUUCAUGGUGUCACCAUACAUGGGACCAUUGGGUAGUGACACAAUAUCACCUCCAGAGUUUUAUAUCUCCUGGUGUAGCCACCUUUGUUUUGACCAUUGAUCACAAAGUUUUGAUUGAACCCACGGCAGUGAACCAUGCCUGAUUAUCAUGGGAUUGUAGUGAACAGUCUGGUGUGCUGCGGAACAGUCUCCAGCACACCACCACUCUUAGGCUGAAAGAACCAGUCUUUUGAUGAGCAGGAACGAGCACUGGCAUCAGCAAUGUUUUUUUUUUUUUUUUUUUUUUUUUUUUGCAUUACUGCCUACUUUCGGACAUUCGGACUCUGAUACAAUAUGGGAAGAUAGGAAAGUUCAACUGACGUAGCUGGCUCAAUGGAAUGGAACUGUGGCUGUAGCUCACGUCAUUGGCAACCACUGAUUUUGUCUUUUUUGUCUACCACAUUUGACGUCAAUUCGUUGAGGUGGUCCCUGACAGCAAUGCAGUAAAUCUUUGUUUUUGUGCA